ACAAAAUACAGCAUUUGUAACAUUGUUGUAUUUUAGACUUUAGUUGCCCUUUAAAACCCCCAAAUGGUUCAUCAUAAUAAGAACCAACGUGCCCUAUCACCCAGACACAGUGUAUUCAUCCCCUAUUGCCGGAUCGUGAUAUAAAGGUCCCUCAGAGUCAAGUGACAGACCAGCAGCAGGACAGUGCAAUAAAAUGGCAGACUUGUAAAAGUUUCACUCGCGGGAGUAUGACGGCUAAAGAUCGCUAAAACAUGUUCAUUGUUCUGUCUGAAGGAACAAAAACGUAUUUUCUAGUACAAAAGCGAGUGCGUUGGUCUAUUACAAAUACGCAGCGAAAAUACAAAUAACAAAGAGAGCGAAAUAUUCGAAAAUAUCGCAUUUCACAUAUUAAAGUUUUACACGCGCACCCAGAAGAAAAGAAAAUGGCGCGGACCCUUUAAAGAAUUCCGCGCCGUCACUUCCCCGGAGUUUGCCGGUUGCCUAGUCAACCGCCCUUCCCCCACACUUAGCCAAUCACCUCCUCCCGCCAUUGCUGGCGCCAAAGCGCAAGCCUAGCCCUCUCCUUCAAUACAGAACACAGCUACGGAAGGCGUGAUAUCAUAACAUAAAUCACGCCUACUGGUGGAGCUGAUUCGAUUAAGAGGCUGACGUCAACGAGCGGCAGCCAAUAGGAAUGUUGGAGGAGGAAGGCGCUGGGAGUGGAACGGCGGUUAGUGACGUCAGAGGGAGAGGGUAGCAACAGUUGCCUUGAGACCCCCGGCGCCAUAGUGACUGUAGCCGUGGAGACAGUUACUUGCCAACCGGAGACACACGGAGCAGCAGUGGCCGGAGAGGUAACCCGGGGACCGCGGAGCCAUCAUCAACACAGCACCGCGUGCUAUAACUACCUGGGUAGCCGGACGGAGAAACCAGUAUGCAGAAUUCAGACAGUGGAUCAGACUCGGCAACAUCUGUUGCUCUAAGAACAUCGGCAUCGGCACAAGCUCCUGUAGUGCAGCCUGUACCAGCAUCUCAACAGAGAAGUUUGUCUCAGGCGUCUGGCUCUGCUCCCAAAGGGGGACAUGGUCAGGGUAUCUCUGUACCCAGAGCCCACCAGUUACAGCAGCAGGUCCAGACUGUCCAACAUGUCUAUCCAGCUCAAGUGCAGUAUGUGGAAGGGGAUACAGUGUACACCAAUGGAGCCAUCCGUACAGCUUACUCCUACAAUGCGGAAGCCCAGAUCUACGCGCCCAGCAGUGGAUCCUCCUACUUUGACUCUCAAGGAGGCGGUGCUCAGGUCACCACAGUGGUCUCUAGCCCUACAGCAAUCCCUUCCCACAGUAUGGUGGGUAUCGCCAUGGAUGUGAGUGGCAGCCAGAUCAUCUCUAGUUCUGGAGCAUACCUUAUUCAUGGAGGACUGGAGAAUUCUCGCCAUACACCCUCUCACACUUCUCGUACCUUUCCUGCUACGCUUGAAAUGGCGAUUGAAAAUCUCCAAAAAAAUGAAGGCAUCACUUCUCACAAAAGCAGCUUGCUCAACAGCCAUCUUCAGUGGCUGCUGGAUAAUUAUGAGACAGCGGAAGGCGUGAGCCUCCCUCGCAGCUCACUUUAUAAUCACUACCUGCGGCACUGCCAGGACCACAAACUUGAUCCAGUUAAUGCGGCAUCCUUUGGCAAACUCAUUCGCUCAGUGUUCAUGGGCCUGAGAACACGACGACUUGGUACCAGAGGUAACUCAAAAUACCAUUAUUAUGGCAUUCGUCUGAAGCCAGAUUCUCCUCUGAACCGCCUGCAGGAGGAUACACAGUAUAUGGCAAUAAGACAGCAACCCAUCCACCAGAAGCAAAGAUACAGGCCUGCACAGAAGAUGGAUGGAAUGGGAGAUAAUCCAGCCAACAGCAGCCAACAUACCUCUCCAGAACAAUCUGUUGCAGCUCAAAGUCAGCAUCAUCAGCAAUUUAUAGAUACAUCACAUGUGUUCCCAGACUUCCCAGCACCUGAUUUGGGCAGUUUGCUGUUACCAGAAGGCAUCACUAUGACCGACAUAAAAAAUCUCCAGCUUAUGUACCGGCGGCACUGUGAGGCUACAAUUGAUGUAGUGAUGAAUCUACAGUUCCAGUACAUUGAGAAGCUAUGGCAGGCUUUCUGGAACUCCAAGCCUUCUUCUCCUGAUGGUUCCAGUGCAAUGAGCAGUGAGGAUGAACAGGAGCCAACUAUCCCAAAAGACAAGCUGAUGGUGCUUUGUAAAUAUGAACCCAUUAUGAGGUGGAUGAGAAACUGUGAUCACAUUCUUUACCAAGCGCUGGUGGAGAUACUCAUCCCUGAUGUACUAAGACCUGUUCCCAGUACUUUGACCCAGGCAAUUCGGAAUUUUGCCAAGAGUUUGGAGGGCUGGCUUACCAAUGCCAUGUGUGAUUUCCCACAGCAGAUAGUUCAUGCCAAGGUUGGAGUAGUAAGUGCUUUUGCACAAACGCUUCGCCGUUACACGUCCUUAAAUCAUUUGGCUCAAGCUGCAAGAGCUGUGCUUCAGAAUACAUCACAGAUUAAUCAAAUGCUCAGUGAUCUAAAUCGUGUGGACUUUGCCAAUGUCCAGGAGCAGGCUUCUUGGGUGUGCCAGUGUGAAGAAGGUAUGGUGCAGAAACUGGAGCAAGAUUUCAAGCUAACCCUGCAGCAGCAGAGCUCAUUGGACCAAUGGGCAAAUUGGUUGGACAAUGUUGUCACUCAGGUGCUGAAACCACAUGAAGGAAGCCCCAGCUUCCCAAAGGCAGCCAGACAGUUUCUUCUCAAAUGGUCAUUUUACAGUUCGAUGGUGAUUCGAGACCUUACUCUGCGCAGUGCUGCCAGCUUUGGAUCUUUCCACCUUAUACGCCUGCUUUAUGAUGAGUACAUGUUCUACUUGGUGGAACACAGAGUGGCACAGGCAACAGGGGAGACUCCCAUUGCAGUAAUGGGGGAGUUUAGUGACUUUGCUUCAAUGUCUCCUGUGCUAACCGAUAAAGACGAUGUCAGUGAACCUGGGAGUGAUACAGAUGGGGAUCCUCGCAUUUCCGGUCAACCUCCAGUUAAAAGAGAACGUGUGGAUCUGAACCACUCGAUGCAAGAAAUGUAGACUGGAUUUUUUCUUCGCCUUAUUAUUCCCUGACAAGUGGGAACUCAUCACCUUUGAUGCAGUCUGCCUUGUUACAGUGUAGUGCCUCUUAAAAUCCCACAAGUAUCCUUUUCCCCCAGAUCAUCUGCAGUGUCUAGUGGAUAUCGGCGUAGGUAUGGAAGACGGACCCAGUGGCACUGACAAUCAGACUCCAUAAUGGCGCAAACUUUUUUUCUUCUUCUUUCGACUACCACUCUCUAAUACUGAGCAGUGACUCUUGGAUAUGGAUUUUUUUUCACUUUUCCCACACCCUGGAGGGACUCAUUAAAUAUCUAAUUUACGUUACCAUAAUUUGACUCUUACCUCAUCUAUACUGAAUUCUAAGUGGGCUGGUUUUAUUUGCCAAAAAUGUGUCUGCAUCAUGUGUCCUCUGAAGGUUUCGGUUAAUUCAACAAGUCAAAUGAUUUCAGCUGUUGGACUAAAUGGCAGCUGUACCACAUUAGCAACCGCCUAUAGAAUCUGCUGUUGCUGGAUGAAAAAAUAUAUUGUGAAGAAAGUAUAUUGCCACCUCAUGAGCAGAAAAUUUUGAAGGUGUUUAACGGUUUUCAGAUCUUUAUAGGUUGAUGGCUGGUAUCUAAAAGGCUGCAAUGAUUUGUACUUUCUAUAUUUGUGUAAAACUCUACAGGGUUUGCCAUACUGAUACUGUUUUGUUUACAGUACACUCUCUCCUGUACUUCAGCUGUAUGCUCUAAAGAGAUUGUUCUGUCUUAAUUUGUAGAUACCAAAGCAUCUUGCAGGCGAAGCACAAGAGGGGAUUUGUCUAGAUUUGUGCAAAGCCCUUUUUGUCUUGGCUCUGGUGCCUUCAGAAUCCUGCUACGGAUUCCUGUGUCCUGUAUCUUCUUUUGUAAAGACGAAGACUGUUGCAGAUAAUGCCCCCUAGAUCUUUUCUGUCAUGCAACUUCUGUAUCCUACUUUUGCUAGUUUUGCCUUACUGUGGCCCAGCAUUAGCCCUCUUUAAGUUCAGAGGGUUUAGAAAUCCAGUGCCUUAGUGUAUACAAUUGUCUUCUCAAUAUAGUUACGUUUUCUAUUGGUCCCUUGAUGCUUCUUUUCCUGUCAUUUGCUUCAAUGUGAGACUAUCAAAACGAAAUUCUACAUGUACAGUAAUGUUAGCUGCCACUUUGGAUUCUUGGAUCAACAGCAGUUAUUUCUUUGGUUUUGAAAUUAUUUCCAAACUUGGAUUUUUAUUUUUUUAUUUUUUUGCUAGUACCAUCAUCCAGUCUAGUCCUCAAAGUACAUACUUGUAUGCCCAUUAAUGCAUUCUUUUGUACAGAAAAAAAAAAAAAGUCUGCUAGCUGUUUGGCUGCACAGAAGUGUAUUUUUAGACUAGGAUUUUGAUCCUGAUUAGUGACUGCUGAAUAUCUACGAAUGUGAAAGUGUGGCCUUUUGUUCCUGCAGUUGCCGUUUGGUUAACCUCUUCCAAGCCUGGGGUUUGCACAAGCAUUAAUGUGAGUCUGCACCGAAUAUAAACAUUAAUUAGAUAUUUAUACUUAGUAAAAAGCGUUUUUUAACUGUAAUGUAAGAAUUUUAUUAAACAGAAUAGCUUUAGAUUAGUUAUUAAAAUUUAAUCUGAUGGAUGAGAUUCAUGGUUAAAUCUAAAUAGGUGUGGAUAUGUGUUUUAAGUCACAUUUUGAGUUUUUGACACCUGCUGUCUAAAUUGACAUGGUUGGCCCACAAUGCCUGUUCUCUGCAGUGAGAGCCAAUCAUAAACCAGUGAAAGAGUGAUGUUACUGCUAGGCGCCAUGAGUGCUCACGUUUGAUUGCCUCCUGCUGCAGAAAGCAGAGAGAGAAGCAGAUGACUACUUUAUCUGCUUGAAAUGGGGGGGGGGGACAACAUGGGUUCCAAAAGUUCCUUCUUUUAAGGGAUUCUCAUACUUAAAUUUUCUUGAAAGCAUUUACAUCCCCUUUAAUAGAUAGAAAGCAAUUCUGGGCCAAAGGUGUCUUACUAUGACUUAAUAAUAGCAGUUAUGGUCAGACUUUAAAAUAAAAAUGGACAUGGUAUAGUAAAACAAAUAUGCCUUAUUACAGUGAGGACGUCGUAAUAGAGAUAUUUUAGACCAUAAAAAAAUUGACCUUAAUUGAGGAACCCUGCAUUUUUCUUAAGAUACUUAAGAUACUACAAAUUGAAAUGCCAUGCUUUGUUUUCUGUCACUAUCAUUUGUAAGUAAAAUAACCAUAGGAAUGUGGGGUGUAUUUUCCUGCAGUUAUGGAUCAAACAAAUGAAUCAUUUCUAGAAAUGGACAAACAUAGUUUAACGGACCAAUACUGUAAAUCUGUCACAAUGACUUUGGCUCUCUUUUGCCUUAUAUUGAUAUUCUGGGGUACAAAGAAAAACAUGUUACUUCUUGUCUGAUUUUUGUCAGAAUUUUGGUAGACGUGUAUACUGCCGCUCAAAUGAUUUUCCUCAAAGGAAAAUUGUACCCUGGAAAGAUUUUAAUUCCAUGUAGAAAAUUAGUUAACUUUUUUUCCCCCAUGCUUUUACAUCAGCACUUUUUAAAAUGGGUAUCUGUCAAAGAUCCCCAAGUUCAGCUCUGAAUCAUGGGAAAGACACUCGAGUCCACAAAAAAAAAUUCUGCAUUAUAAAAGAUUAAAUGGGCUUGUUUUCCUUGAAGUGGAGACUGAUCGAUAAUUUACUCCACACUAAUUAAUAUCACCCAGGCUUGGAAAAUGAAAAUGACUGUAUGUAGGUACUGGCAACUACAGUUUUAUUUUUCUAAAAUAACGUAGAAGUCGUUUUAUUUUCAUAUCAAAAUGAAAUAUUUUCAUGUUUUUUUUGUUUUUUUUUUGUUGCUGUUUAAACUAUUGUAAAUACCAGUGAAACCUUUAUGCCUCCCUUUUUUGUUUCUUUUUUUUAGGGACAAAGCUUCUUGAUUUGCUCAUUGUUAAUGGUAGCAAAAAUUGUGACUUCAUUUUAUUUUCCAUGUAAAGUGAAUAUUGAAAUAUAUUGGAUUUAAUGUU